AUGCGCACCUUCGUUGCCCUUUUGUGCGUUCUUUUCUCUUGUUGCUUUGCAAAUAAUUGUGAGCAUUCCUUCGAAUUAAAGCUGACAAUAAGCUGAGAAUUGCAGCAAGUACUUCGACAAGCCCGACCACAGUAGUGCAAAGUACUACUAAUGAGAUAGUGACUACUACCACCUCCCGGGCUACGGAUCCCGGGAUCACUACAGAAAUCAUUACCACAAGCACACAGUGAGUUUAUCUUUCUCGUCACCGUAGAAAGACCGAAAAAUCAAAAGUUCGUUCACCGCAAAGAGUAUACCGCUGAUCACAUCGCCGCUGUUUUCAGCCCGUCCACCACUCCACCAGCACCUCCCAAUUCGUCCAUUUCUUUUUCCACCCUUGUUCACCGAACCUCUUCUACUUUGCCGCCCCCGAAGAACGAGAAAGUGUAUGUCAAAUGCCCGAAAGGAUCGCUGACAGAGUAUGGAACGGAAGGAUCAGGGAAGAGUGGGUCAUGUAACAGUGCGGAGGAGUGUCUGAAGGUUGGACCAGCCAGCAACAUGAGUUUGAGAUUAGAGUCAGUCCUUUUUCGUUUUCAUCUUCAUAAUCGGUUAGGCUACUGUCCCGUGGUCAACCGAGUGCUUUUCAGGAAAGAAUAACUGCAUUCGUGUUCGCUCCUCGUUCAUACUUUUCUGUACAGUUCAUUUUUCCUGAAAAGCAUUCGGUUGACAACGCGACAGUCCUCCAUUCAAUGUUUCAGCGUGACAUGUGUGUUUAACCCGGAUCAAACUGCUUCUCGCUGUUGCUACAGUAAGAUUUCGCCCCCGAAAACCCUGUACCGUCUUUUUUUUCAGGAGACACCUCCCAUUUCUGUUCCCAGGGCGUUUCAAUUCUUCCUUCUGAAAAGUGCGAAACAAUCGAUGACUGUAACACGCGGGAAGUGCACACAACGCAGAGAUGGUGUGAUCCGGUAUCGAAAAUGUGUUGUCGAAGUACGCACGGCUUCAGAGACGAAUGAGGAGGAAUGGGUUUGCAGAUCAGUACAAGGAAGAGCACGAACUGUAUUGCGCGGACGGAGUGACCGCGUUGAUGAAUGAGCCGAUUUGUGCUGGCUACAAACCAGGGAAUAUGAACAGUGGAAUCUGUCCGAUACCUUUCGGAGUGUGCUUGCACGGACAUUGUUGUCCACCCGGUAAGAAGUACAAUAUCAUUCAAGACAACAUUUCAUACUUCAGUGUACGAGAAGAGCAUCGAGAAUGCGUUCGAAGGGACUCCGUACCGAACGAACACGAAAUGCUCGAAUAGCACUGUGAUAGACGAGAAACAGAUCGGAGGCUACUGUGAUCCGGAAACUGCAAGAGUGUUCAUAAUGGGGGCAGACAACUUUCAUGGACAGCCGAACAAACAGAUUCAUUUCUUCUGUUUGACAUCCAGGUGAGAUGGGCAUCAGCAUGACUUCGACUCUAUUUAAAUUCAGAGAUUGUGGUCAGACUUUCGGAAAGGACAAUGUUUGUGUGCGUCUGAAACGACGAACACAGGCGUGUUUCGUCGAUCCGAAUGUACUGUUCUUCACACUUUUCAUAAAAUCUGCUGCUUUCUCGUUUUCAGUUCGAGUACUACAUUCCGAAGAAGCCGAAUCUCGUUCUAAUCUCGACCGUCAGUUUCGUGGCCCUCGGCACUUCGCUUCUCGCCCUUCUCUUCUCCGUUCUCUACCGAACACUGGAAAGGGACGACUCGUUCCCCGGAGAGGCUUCAGAAUCGCAACGCCCACUGAUCUCUCAGCGAGGAUCCGCACAAAGCUAA